UGUGGUUUUGCCUCCCCUGAUACACUUGUAUCUGUUGAAUUUGCAACAUGUCUUGCAGGCCUCAGUGUGAGGUCUUGAAUGCUAUAAAGCAGAGGGCUCUACACCUUCCGAUGAGCUCCAUCAUCCCAAUCAUUCGCUCAAGCCCUCAAGUACACACUCGCCAUCCUCUACCAGCUGAUCUUCCCGAGAUGCACCUUCUAACCACCGUUAUUUUUUUGGCCAUGGUUUGCAACUUUGCGACUGCUUUCCUCUGCGUUGGGACCGCUGUUUGUCAUGUGGAAGCCCGUGACAAACUUCCAGAAAGAUAUGUCGUUUCUCAACCACAAGAUGGAGGGUUUUACUGUAAUGUGGGUCUAGGGAAGGGCAAGUGCUGUCCUCCCGGCGUAGUACCUGGAAGCCCUAAACCGGGAGAAGAACUAGACGUGGGCUAUGCCAAGUGGGGAAAAUGCCACGACGCAUGA